CUCAGUCAUCCAAAAACGGCCUUUCAAUGGGACAAGUUUGGGGGAGCCGAGGAAAAUGUCGGUCCCACCGCAGUAAAUUACUGAACUAGCUCAGUGCUUUAGAGGGUGGGAAAACAGGCAAAGAAACACUCUUACUUCUUUUUCUUUUUUGGUUUGGGAUUAAAUUCUGCACCAAGUUGUUUGGGGGAAAAAACUUCACACUGCAUAGAGACAGAGAGAAAGCGAGAGAGAGAGAGAAAAAAACACAGCUUCAUCUCCAGCACUCGCUUUUUUUGGAGAAUAGGUAUAUGGAAGAUGUCGAGAAUUGUGGACCGAAUAGCGUGGCAUCGGAGGCUUCAUCUGCUUUGUGCUCUGUGUUCGGCUCUUCUGUGCUGCCCCCAAGUUGCUCCUGCUCUCAGCGGCAGCGACGAGGUCCCGGUGUUCAUGCAGGAGCCGCUGUCAGUGGUGCAGAAACUAGGUGGCAGCGUGACCCUGCGAUGCAGUGCCCGACCCGCUGAGGCACAUAUCAGCUGGCGUCUGAACGGACGCGAGUUGUUCACCAGCGGCGACGAGGCCGAGCUGGGCAUCGUGAUGCAGUCGGACGCCCUGUUUAUCGCCUCCCUCUCUAACGGCACGCUGGGACGAUACCAAUGUGUAGCCAGCAACGGCGCCGGAGCGCGAGCCAGCGUCCCUGCUAACGUCACCGCAGCGAAACUGCGAGACUUUGAACCUGAUGACCAGCAGGAGAUCGAGGUGGAUGAAGGGAACACAGCAGUGAUCGAGUGUCACCUCCCAGAGAGCCAGCCCCAGGCACAGGUCCGUUACAGCAUCAAGCAGGAGUGGCUCGAAACAUCCAAAGGGAAUUACCUCAUCAUGCCAUCUGGGAACCUGCAGAUCGCAAACGCCACCCAGGAUGACGAAGGGCCUUACAAAUGUGCUGCCUACAAUCCAGUCACUCAGGAGAUCAAGACCUCCACCUCCACUGACCGUCUGCGCAUACGCCGUUCGACAUCCGAGGCAGCGAGGAUCAUCUACCCACCAGCAUCCCGCUCCAUGACGGUGCUUAAAGGCCACAGGCUGGUUCUGGAGUGUGUAGCCAGCGGCUCCCCGAUCCCUCAGGUCACCUGGGCGAAAGACGGUCGAGAACUAAGCCCUCAAAACAAUACUCGGUUCCUGCUCAGCAACUUGCUGAUCGACGCAGUGAGUGACGAAGACUCGGGCAAGUAUGCCUGCCACGCCCACAAUGGCAUGGGCUCUCCUGGCACAGCCACCAUCCUCUACGAAGUCCAAGUGAUCGAGCCCCCUCAGGUGCGGGUUGAGCUGCUGCAGCAGGAACCAGCGUGGGGUGACACAGUGAAGUUCAGCUGUCAGGUUCGGGGAAAUCCAACACCCAGUGUGGUUUGGCUCCAUAACGCUCAACCCAUCUCUUCAUCAUCACGUCAUCGCCUCACCUCCUCACACAUGCUGCGUGUCUUCAGUGUGGGCCCUCAGGAUGAAGGAGUCUAUCAGUGCAUGGCUGAGAAUUGGGUGGGUGGAGCCCAGGCUGCUACGCGUCUCGUCACUGUGCCUUCUGCGCCCUCGCGGCCCGGUCGGCUGCCACUCAUUCGGCCAAUGAGCCCUGACCAGGUUUUGCGAGAGCUGCCUCCUGCUCGGCCCGUGGCACCCAGCACAGAUCUUUUCGUAGACUGCUCAGAGAUCCCGGGAAACGUGUCGCCGGCCGAGGCUCCAGUCAUCCUCAGCCAGCCGCGUACAGGAACAGCCGACUAUUAUGAGCUCAUCUGGGAGCCUCGGCACGAUGGUGGGGCGCCCGUACUGGAAUAUGUUGUCAAGUACAGAAAGGCUGGAGACUCCCUCAGUGAGUGGACCAUAAAGAACAUAUCUGGUUUGGAGCAAAAGCUCAUUCUGGCCAAACUGCAGCCGGCCAGCCUGUAUGAAGUUGAGAUGUCGGCGAGGAACUGUGCAGGGUUGGGACAGCCUGCCAUGAUGACCUUCAGAACUGGUAAAGGACGCAAGACAGUAGACCGACCAAAACCACCAGACCCACCGCUACGUCUGUCUCCCCCGGAAGCUCCAGACAGACCGACGGUAACCACAGCAUCAGAGACUUCAGCCUACGUGACCUGGAUCCCCCGAGGAAACAGAGGUUUCCCCAUCCAGUGCUUUCGGGUCGAGUUUAAGAAACUGAGGAAGGACGGAGGAGCCGGGGGCGAGUGGGAGGUAGCGGAGGACAACAUCUCUCCAUCACGCCUGUCUGUACAGAUCAAAGGCCUGGAGAAAGGAACCUCAUAUAAGUUCCGGGUUUUGGCGGUGAAUGUUUUGGGAGCGAGUCCACCGAGUGCACCAUCCAAAGCAUACACGGUGAUGGGUAGCAACCAGACCAACCCCCGGCCCGUCGAUGGCCCUUACAUCACCUACUCUGAAGCCAUCAAUGAGACCACCAUCAUCCUUAAGUGGACUUACACAUCAGUGAAUAACACCCCCAUCUACGGCUUCUACAUCUAUUACCGACCCACGGACAGCGAUAACGACAGUGACUAUAAGAGAGAUGUUGUAGAGGGAGAUCGAUACUGGCACGCUAUGACCAGCCUGCAGCCUGAAACAGCAUACGACAUUAAGAUGCAGUGCUUUAAUGAGGGAGGCGUCAGCGAGUUUGGCAACGUGGUCAUCUUAGAAACAAAAGCCCGCCCCAAUCAGAAGCACACAACUCCAGAGACUUCGUCUCCCCAGUCGAACAUGGGAAACCCUGGGACGCCUCGCCCCAGUGAUUUACCAUACCUCAUAGUGGGAGUGGUGGUGCUGGGAGCUCUUGUUUUCAUCAUCAUUGCCUUCAUUCCAUUUUGUCUAUGGAGAGCCUGGGCCAAGCAGAAGCAAACGACAGAUAUGUGCUUUCCAGCUGUAGCCGCACCGCUGUCGUCCUGCCAGUACACCAUGGUGCCGAUGCAGGGCAUGGCUUUGGUAGGGCACUGCCCUGUAGACCCUCACCUGACCCCCGGUCAUACUGUGUAUGCAGCGAAAGGAGAGUACAUGGCCAAUGGGAAGAAUCACACACACCACGGUCCUGGACUACACCAGGAUGAUGCUGAAUGUGAAAUGGAAAAUGGCACGUUUAUGCCUCAGAGACUUUCCAAUGGACAUGCUCAUGGUUAUCACUAUCCCGUGGGUGUUCCCGGUCACGUUGAAGACGACGGCUGUUGCGAGCCAGACGACUCUACUCUGGAGCUCCUGAGCCCUGAUCAUCCUGAUCAUGCGCAGGAGAACCACGCCAUCCAGAGUUUAGAUUUGUCCCUGUUGCCCAGAUUAGAGGCUGAUGGCAUGAUGACAACAGUCACAACACAACGGGAAGAUGUCAAGAUACAGCGUGAAGGUCGACUAGAGGAACGAGUAUUACAAGACGGAUGAAAAAAAAAAGAGGGAAAUAAAAAAAAAGUCAAAAACAACACAAAAACAGAAGAGAGACAAUAUUUAUUUUUGUAUUAAAGAUACUAUAUUUAUAUAUUUAUGCUUAUGUAAAUAGUUUUGUUAUGUUGUAUAUAUGGAUUGUUUAUAAAAGUAAAAAAAUUCUCUACCGUGUUCGCUUUGUUACCACCAGGAUAAAAGACAGUCCUUGUUUAAGCCAUGUUAGCUGUUUUGCUAUUGGAAAUGUUAAUAUUAUUACAUUAUUCAUGCCUUUACGCUGUAAAGAAUGCUUUAAUUUGAAGAUUUUGAGCAUGAUUUGCUUAUAAAUUAAAAGUUAAAACAGUAUUUAUCAGCGUAUAAUAUUUGCCACAUAUCUUAUUCAGAAAAAAAUCUGUUUCUGCCAAAAAGUUUCACUACAUGGGGCCUGUGUUAAUCUGUGUUACUGGUGGUGCUCAGCUUCUUGGUUCAAUGUGUUCAAAUGUUUUUGUAGAUAUAUCACUAAAAAUAUGUAUUUCAUUAUUAACAAUGUAAUAACAAAUGUAUGCAAUGUAUAAACACCCUGCCUUCAGUAAUAUUGCCUAUAUGUUUUUAAAGAGUGCAUGGGAAACCUGGAACGAACACAACUACCUUCAAAUACUGAUUUUCAGAUUUACGGAGCAACAUGUAAGCUUCUACUUCCAGUCUUAUGUUGCUGUCUGUCUAGUUUACUCUAUUAAACGACAUUUGACCAUUUUUAUAAAUUAAGAGGUUUAUAAUAGUUGCCCACAGUGGUCUCUAACUUUGUGUACAGUACAAAGUUAGAGACCACUGUUACUUGGUAAUUAUUUGGUACAGUACCUUAAUUCCAUUUCCAAUCAAUAUUUUUUAGGUGUACAUUACAGUUCAGUAUUUAAAAAUAUAUAUUUUUAAAAUUUAAAUUACACAAUGGUCUUUGCAAUUUUAUAUACAGUUUAUAUUUUAAUGAAAAGCAUGGUUGAAGAAUCUUAUAUCUAGCUCCUUUAAAUCUUCCUAAAUUCUGAAAACUGAAAAUAAUAUAAUGUACAGUUUCCAGUAGACUGUACUAAGAGACAAUGCUACUGUAUCAGUAUUAGCCUUUACACAAAGUGCUGAACCAUAAAAAGAAAUGAAGGAAAAUUCAUUUUUGAAGGGUACCUGGGUAUUGUGGUUAUGUCACAUACAGCAUUACUGCAUGUAAAUAAAGCUGAAGAAAUUACA